CGGGGGCGGUUUGAGCGGCAGCGCCCGGCGCGGCGGCGGCUCCGCGGGACCCGCAGGAUGCUGCCUCUGUCGCUGCUGAAGACGGCGCAGAACCACCCCAUGCUGGUGGAGCUGAAGAACGGGGAGACCUACAACGGGCACCUGGUGAGCUGCGACAACUGGAUGAACAUCAACCUGCGGGAGGUCAUCUGCACUUCACGGGAUGGAGACAAGUUCUGGAGGAUGCCCGAGUGCUACAUCCGUGGCAGCACCAUCAAAUACCUGCGGAUCCCCGACGAAAUCAUUGACAUGGUGAAGGAGGAGGUGGUGUCCAAGGGCAGGGGCCGUGGUGGGAUGCAACAGCAGAAGCAGCAGAAGGGCCGUGGGGUUGGAGGAGCCGGACGAGGUGUGUUCGGUGGCCGUGGCAGAGGAAUUCCAGGCAGUGGAAGAGGCCAGCGAAAAAAGCCAGGCAGACAAUCAGCCAAGCAGUGAAAUGUCUGCACCCAGGCAGGGGACAGUCUGGGUUUUGUCACCUCAGGAUUUGCCACGUGUUCAGAAACGUUCCCUUUCCCACUCUCCCGUGAGUCAAUCAGAGCCCAAAAUCAUGUUCAUUUUGGAAGCCCCUCGUGAUUUAAUCUGGUCAAGUGGAGUUUUCACUCCUUGUAGUCAGUAUUCAUUGGAAAUAUUUCUAAAAAAAAAAAAAAACAACAAAAAAAAUCAUUCAUGGUUAAGGGCUGAAGUUCUGCCUUCUCCUGAGAGUGAAUUUUUCAGGGUCGCCAGGUUUAAUUUAAAAUAUUAUCCUGAUCAGAGGUACCAGAAUGAAGGCAAACAGACACUUUCUGGAUUGUUUGGAAUUUUUGUUUUGGUUUUUUUUUUAUAUACUUGAAACUUGGGAAACGUGUGUUUGUAACAGAUGUGUGAGCCUUUUGCUUU